UGCUGCCAAACAAAUGACAGUUUGACGUAUCAGCGCAAAUACAUUUAUGAAUAAUUUUUAAUGUAGCCGCAAUUUAAACUUCUUUAUAGUGGAAAGCUAAAGAGUCGCAUUUUAAAGUAAAUUUAUUCAUAAAUCCGGUUUCCUUCAAUAGGUUACGUAAAGCUUGACCAUGACAGAACGAGAACCUAUAAGUGGGUCGAGCCGUGAUUAUGGUUCUACGGCAGCACCACCCACCGUCGCCUUUGCUGACUUUAGCCCCACAGAACUUUACAACCUCAGCGAAGGAAUAGCAGACAAUGUUAACACUAUUAACAAUGGACUACAGGCUCUACAAAAGUUGAUGAAACAAAUUGGUGGACCCAAUGAUAGCGUGCAGCUGAGAGAUAAAAUCCAUGACACACAACAAAAUGUAAAUGGCUCUAUAUCAGCUACGGCUCGAGAUAUACAAAGACUAGGUGUGGUUGUCCGUCGAGGAGAUAAACCGCAGAAGCUGCAAGUGGAACGAUUGACACAAGUGUUCAGAGAGACACUGGCAAGAUACUCCUCUAUGCAAAAACAAUUAUCAGAAAAAAUGGCUGAACAUAUGCCGACACAGGCAAGGCAAAGGAAUGAUCCGGAUGCUUUAGAACGACAAGCUAUAGCUGAUGACGAAGAAUCAGCGCUUCUAGCAAAUCAGCAAGCUCAGGCUCGUCUAAUACAAUUUGAAACUAGUAUGUUAUUAGAAAAGGAAGCGUAUAUGAAUAAAAUCGAGGCUGAUGUGUUAGAUGUGAACCAAAUUAUGCAAGAUUUGGCCGAAAUGGUCAACACUCAAGGACAGAAAGUUGAUACGGUAGAAAGUCAUAUAGAAGCGGCUAGUGCCGGCGUCGAAGCGGGAGUUGAUGAAUUAGCUAAGGCGGCCGAAUAUCAACGGAGAUAUAGAAGAAAAAUGUUCUUUUUCAUAUUAAUCGGUGUGAUUCUAGCAAUUAUUUUCAUUAUAUGGAUAGUGAAAGCUUUCAAAUAAAUAUGAAUGUAUUUAAAUGGUAGAAAAUCUUUAAUAUGGCAACAUCCACUAUCUGCCACGUAUUUAAUGCAGAUGUGGAGGAUACGUUACAUAUAAAUAUUGAGGUACAUAUUUAAUAGUUUUAAUUUAUAUAUAUAUAUACAAUUAGAAUGUAUUUUAAUGAAAGUGGUUUAAUAACAGCGAUUGUAACAUGAUUUUGAAUAAAAAAGUUCGUUGGUUUAAAAUUGUUUCAAAAUAUUCGUUUAUUGUAAAAGUUUAUUACUGGUUGGUUACAUUUAUCGACGAAAAAAAGAUGUUCAAUAUUUUUUAAGUGCUAUGGCUUGAUUUCAACAUUUCCGUAUACGGGAUUAUAAUUACGUAAGUAUUUUUUUAAUCCUCCAAAGACAGAAUGGCUUUAAAAUUUAAGAUACUGCUGUAAAGCCAAUAUAAAAAAAAAACAAAUUCAUUCCUUUAUUUUAGAUAUUUUUGCUUAAAAACAAAGUAAGCAGAUCUUUAAUAAAAGAAACUCGUUUAUUAUGUUAGUGGAUUAUUUUGUACACGAAAUCUUAUUUCUGUAUAACUUAUUAUAUAAAUACUAAUUUACCUGCUAUAAAGUUAUUUUUAACGUACCCAGCAAUGGAGAUUUAUAUUAGAAUUAGAUCGUUACAUUUGUAAUAAAUACAAAUUCUUGCAAUGCUUAUUCAUGUGCAAUAAAAUUAUAUAAUACUGUAGAAUGAUAAAGAAAAAAAAAUGCAUGCUUUUUGUGCUAGUUAAAAAUGUUAUCUUAUAAUUGAGUCUUAUUAAAAAUAUAUUUAUUAUUAAAUAUCUUGCCAUAAAACACUUUGUUUAUGACGAAGCGUAGGUUAUUAUGUAAUGUUAUAAGGAAUAAAUAUUAUUUUUUCUUUUAAUAAUAACUCUAGAGUAAAGAAAGCACUGCAUGUUAUCCAGAUUUCACGCAUUGUCAAUGUAGGAAUGACACAUGCCAAAAAUGGCGCCUAAUUGCGUGUGGUAUAUACGCCAUAAUAUAACCUUUUAACUGUUUUCAGUAUUUAUUUUUGUAUUUAUUCAUAAUAAAUCACAUGUAAGUAUACAAUGACUUUAUUUAAAGCUUAAAUAAAAAAAUCAUAAUGCAAAGUUCACACUGA